UGCAAAGUUAACCGCACAUACAAUCUGUGGCAAGGAGCACUGGGAGACAGCUAAGAGACAGUGACAAUGUCUUUAAACUGGCGGACAAUUCCUACUCGACUUGGAGUAUUUAAAGUGACCUGCAAAGGACUGGCAUGCCUCUUGGUCUUCACAGUGAGCGUUUGUGGCAGUGCCCCGGGGAUGUGUCCAACCGCCUGCAUCUGUGCCAGCGAUAUCGUAAGCUGCACCAAUAAGAACCUCUCUCGAGUGCCAGGAAAUCUUUAUAAAUGUAUGAAAAGGCUAGAUCUGAGUUAUAACAGAAUUGGGUUUUUGGAACCUGAAUGGGUCCCAGCGCUGUUUGAGAAACUGAACACUUUAAUAAUCCAUCACAAUAGCAUUAGCAGCAUUAUCACUGGAAGCUUUUCCACAACCCCGAACCUGAAGUACCUAGACUUGUCGUCCAACAGCCUGAAGACGCUGGGCAGCCCUGUGUUCCAGGAGCUCAGGGUGCUGGAGGUUCUGCUGCUCUACAACAACCAGCUCAUGCAGAUAGAGCCUUCAGCCUUCGGAGGGCUGUACAAAUUACAGAAACUGUACUUAAGCUAUAACUUGCUCUCGCAUUUCCCGCUGGACUUAUACACUGGAAAACAUAAACUGACUGACCUUGCGUUGCUGGACAUUUCCUUUAAUCACAUCCAGUCGAUGCCUAUUCAGCGCCUGAGUUCAGUGCCGGCCAAAUAUCUUAGUGGAAUUUAUCUUCAUGGCAACCCGUUUUAUUGUGACUGUAUGCUGUACUCCAUGCUGAUCUUCUGGUAUCAAAGGCACUUCAGCUCGGUGGUGGACUUCAAAAACGAGUAUACCUGUUUGUUGCGAUCAGACCCAAGAGGUUACCAUAAACUGCCUUUACUGCACGACAGCUUUCUGAAUUGCUCUGAAAGCACCGUCAACAGCUCUUUCCAAGCCUUUGGGUUUAUUCACGAUGCCCAGGUUGGUGACAGGCUGAUUGUACACUGUGACAGCAGAAUCAGCGAUGCGGGCACGCACUUUGUUUGGGUUAGUCCGGACAACAGAUUGCUGGAGCCAGACAGGGAGACCGACAACUUCAAGGUGUUCCGUAACGGCAGCCUGGAGAUAACAGAUGCCCAGCUAGAGGACUCAGGGCUGUAUUCCUGCAUCGCAAUAAAUAAGAAAAGACUGUUAAAUGAAACCAUAGAGGUUAGGAUAAAUGUUAGCAAUUUCACCGUGAACAGGUCCCACGCUCAUGAAGCAUUUAAUACAGCUUUUACCACCCUUGCUGCCUGUGUAGCCAGUAUUGUUUUAGUACUGCUGUAUCUCUAUCUGACCCCCUGUCCCUGUCAAUGCAAAGCAAAAAGGAGGAAGAGGAAGCUGAACCAAAGCAGUGCCCACUCGUCCAUACUGAAUUCCACACCGCCGCAGCAGCUGCCCACCGACGAGAAGAAGGCUAGCACUGGUAAACGGGUGGUUUUCCUGGAACCCGUGCACGAACCAAAACACAGUCAGAACGGGAAAGUAAAACUCUUUCCUAAUGACAAUGUCAUUGCUGAGAGUAUCUUAAAAACGACUCGAACAAAAUCCGACUCCGAUUCUGUCAACUCCGUGUUCUCAGAUACACCUUUCAUGCGGUCAACUUAGUUUGCUGCCUGUGUUUGUAUCAUGCAGUUACAUUCCUGAAUACCUCCUUUGCUUGUAGCAACCACCAGGAAAAACAAAUAAAAAGAGAGAAAAUGUUUUAAAAAAA